AUGCCCCCCUACGCGAAACAAUGCCUCGAUACAGGAUACAAGGAUUCUACUGAGACUUCUUACAAACUUAUAUUAAUCAUGAAUUUACAUCCAAUCCCUUUAACUGCUGCCGCUAGCACCCACAAACACUACGAGUACAUGCCGCUGGAAACAACAGAUACCGUGCGCAUACUUGUGCUAAGACCUUCAGCUACUUUUGGCGAUCCAAUCUACUGCAAUAUUAUACACCGACGCCGGCAUCAUCUUAUUCUCAACUCUACAGGAGGCGAACAUUACGAAGCCGUUUCUUACACUUGGGGCAAUGGAGGCUUCACAUAUACAUUGUUUUGUAAUACCGGUGCUAGUAUAUUAGCAAUUACUGAGAAUCUAGAUUCGCUUCUACGAUAUUUUCGUAAACAGAAGUCUGUUCGUUACCUUUGGAUUGAUGUAAUUUGCCUUAACCAGGAUGACGACAUCGAGAAGUCUAUCCAAGUAGGACUCAUGGGGGAAAUAUACCAACAGGCUCGUCGAGUGUGUAUAUGGUUGGGCCAACCCUUUUCUGAGUUCGAAGUUUCCUUCUGCUUUGGCUUUCUAAAAAGGGUUGCAGCAUUGAAAAAGCGUCAGGUCACGGCAGAGGUGGUUCGAGAAAUAUCGAAGGAAGUGUUCGACACCGACGACUGGCUAGAAAGAAUAUCGAAGCUUCUCUCGCGAGAAUGGUUCCACCGAAGGUGGAUAAUACAAGAGGCUGCUCUUGGGCACGACACGAUCGUUUACUGCGGACUUUGUCGUAUAUCGUGGCAAUGGUUCGCGGAUGGGUUAUUGAAGCUGAAGUGUCGAUUCGAAGAACUACACACCGGGCAACUUUCGAAACCACUACAUGCUCUCAGAAACGUUAUUAAUUUAUACUCAAAUGCCGAUAACAUGCUCAGGUUGCUGUGGGAUUUCCAUUCAACUGAAUGUCGCGAUGAGCAAGAUCGUAUCUUUGCGCUUACAAGUCUAGCCGAAGACAUCCAACAAACCAGCCAUGAGGGCAAUCAACGAACACUUGCGUUAAUUUAUAGCAAGGACUGGGUCGCUAUUUAUAUUCGUUUCGCACAAAACUGUAUUGAGAUUGGGGAAGCUGACGAACUUCUUCGUCAUCUUUUUGCGCUCGGAAGCCUUUCCAAAUCUCAAAAUGACAUGUCAAUCCCGUCAUAUGUACCGGACUGGAGCAAGAGGCGUGAAGAAUCAUCUUUCGAUUACAUACCUGCGAAUCUGAAAGUUUACUACUCGCGGCUACAAGGACUUCCUAACUUUGACGAUAUCACCCAGGGGGCAGAUCAGUACUUCGUGGUAGGAGCAACGUCAGUAUCGUGGCCGCCACGAGAUUUCUUUGUGCAAAAACACCACUUAAUCCGUCAUGAGAUAUGCCGUCUACUAGCGUACAGUGUUUUGGACGGGUUUCUGUCGCCGAAAGGAUUAGUACGCGAGGAAAUGAGUAAUGCUCUUUGUGAUUCAGAGAAAAAUUUGAAAAGCGCAUGGAUUGAACUUUCAGAGCAGAUACUCAACAAGAGCGGCUUGGUAACUUCCGAUAAUCCACAUUACCAUAACACUCUUUUUCUCUGGCUCCGCAAUGUUAUGAAUAACUAUACACUUUUUACAAACAACUUGUGUUUGCCCAAUAUGGCAGAAAAAGACCCCAGUUCGAAGUUAUAUAUGGCAAUUGGUAAAGAGAACGUUGAGGCAGGCGAUAUAUGCGUGAAAAUAUGCACGGUCGAACGCUUCAGACAAGUUGGUUCAACACGCUCAAGUGACGAAAGCGUUUUUUUCAGUCCUUGGCUGGGGAUAGUAGUAAGGAAAAACGAAACCGAGUUAGGACGAAAUCUGGAAAAUACGCGCAUGGAUUCUGAGGAAUCUCACGGUGUUUCAGAAAACUGGAGAAUCAUCACUCCAUGUGUUAUUCUGACCAGCCUUCUUCGGUGGAGAUCGCAUCUCCCAUGCGAGGAAGACAAGAAAAACAAAGGGUAA